ACAGUGACUGGUUAUUCCAGGACUGUGUCUCCAUAUCACUACAAUCACAAUCCUCUCUGCCGUUACAUGUCCCGUGUCAGGCCCUCCCCCCCCGUUACUGUGUGGUACAGUCCGGGUACCAUCCUUGGACUGUACCAUGUGCAGCGCUCCCAGGGGUGUCCUGCGUGCCGGGCUGUGCUGUUAGUGCCGCAGCGGGCCGGUGGUAGGCAGUGAUUGCAGCGCUGAGCCUUGUAUUGCCGGCAGCAGUUCCGGGCUGAGGUUACCGCUCUGUGUGCCGGCUCUCCGUCUCCCCAGUGACGCUGCUUUCAUGUCGCUCCCCCGCAGGUACCUGCGCUGAGCCUGCUGUCGCUUCCCUGUUUUGAAAAGUUGUCUCCGCGGAGAGUCCUGCGUUACCCGAACCGUGAGAUCCGCGAGAGAGCCGGCGGCUCCGGCCUCCCAGCUCGGCCGGCAAUGAUGAACUCCGAGGAAGACCCUCCGGCCGCCUGCCCUCUGCAUGUCCACGUCUGGAAUAACGACUACCGGGCUCUGGAGAGUGAGCUGCCGGGGAAGGAUAUUGAGCAGCUGGAUCCCCGAGGAAGGACUGCACUGCACCUUGCUGUUUCUUUGGGACAUCUUGAAUCAGCCAGAGUUCUUCUUAGACACAAGGCGGAUGUCACCAAAGAGAACCGCGAGGGCUGGACAGUUUUACAUGAAGCCGUGAGCACUGGAGAUCCAGAGUUAGUACAGAUGGUCCUACAGUAUCGUGAGUUCCACAAAGCAUCUACAGCCCUGGGAGGUGUACCUGAGCUUCUUACAAAAACCCUACAGGCAUCUGAUUUUUAUGUGGAAAUGAAGUGGGAGUUUACAAGUUGGGUACCACUGCUGUCCAGGGUGUGCCCCAGCGAUGUCUGUCGAAUAUGGAAAAGUGGUGCCAAACUUCGAGUUGAUGCCACCUUGCUGGGAUUUGAAAACAUGAGCUGGAUUCGAGGGAAGCAUAGCUUUAUAUUUAAAGAAGAAGAUAACUGGGCAGAGUUGAUGGAGAUCAAUCAUGAUGACAAAACUGUCACCAAAGAAAGGUUUGACAUCUCACAGGAGAUUGAGGGCAUCACUCUGGAUUCAAUGCAGCCAGCAGAAAGAGAAGUCAGCAAGCGCCUUACCUCUCCUGUUAUUAAUACCUCGCUAGAUACAGCAACCAUUGCAUUUGAAAGAACAAAGGCUGGGUUUUGGGGAUGGAGGACGGAUAAAGCAGAAACCGUGAAUGGAUAUGAAGCAAAGGUGUAUUCGGCCAACAAUGUUAACGUUGUGACAAAAACACGGACAGAACAUUUGACAGAAGACGAAAAGUCUCGUUAUAAAGCUGAUAGAAACUUUUUGGAGUCCUUGUUGGGAACAGUGGAACACCAGUUCGGAGCUCAGGGGGACCUCACCACAGAAUUUGCAACCGCUAACAACCCAACUGCCAUCACGCUUGAGGAAUAUUUCAACCCAGAUUUUGAUCUUAAAAACAGGGACAUUGGUCGGCCCAAAGAGUUGACCAUCAGGACACAGAAGUUUAAAGCCACAUUAUGGAUGUGCGAAGACUUUCCCCUCUCUUUGGUGGAACAAGUUACUCCCAUCAUUGAUCUGAUGGCCAGGACAAGCUCUCACUUUGCACAUCUUCGAGACUUUAUAACACUCCAGUUUCCACCAGGGUUUCCAGUCAAAAUUGAGAUCCCACUUUUUCACGUACUGAAUGCAAGAAUCACGUUUGGCAAUGUGAAUACAUGUUCAACAGCGGAGGAGAGUGCCAGCACGCCAUCCACUCCCAGAGGAUCACAAGACGAGGCUAAUUGUCCGCUCCUGGACCAAGCCUCUUCUGUGCCAAAGUUUGAGGUGGAUCAGUCAGUCUUUGAAAUCCCUUCAUCUUACCAUAUUCAGGAAAAUGGAAGGAGCAUGCACAUACGGGAUGAAGAUGAUGAAAUAAUGCAGUUUGCUAUCCAGCAAAGUUUGUUGGAGUGCAGUGGGAAUCAGUCCAUGUCACAAAGCCAUUCAAAUGGAAGUAUCUCUCCUCACCAGGUGUUUGACACACAGUAUGAAAGGGCCUUGCAGGAGAGUAUUCUUGCCAACUCUCAGAGUAUACAAUCCAACCUCAGUAGCCAUUCUCAGAGCUUUGACAAAGACUUGCAGAUUGCCAUGGAAUUGUCUGCCAAGGAAAUAGAGGAGCAGGAGAAACGUCGUCUUGAGGAGGAAGCCCAGCUGGAGGAGAUCUUAAAACUCUCUCUCAUGGAGAAAUAGGCCAUACAGCAAAUCGAGAAGAACCUCUGAUUAUAUGGGUCAGGCACUCACCUUUUUAAAACCAGCAGCUUUUUGCAGGCUUUGAGGGACAAGACAUCACUCCACAGACUCUGUAUCUACCAAAGAACUGAGACGUUUUUGAUAUAUUUUAUAUAAUUUUUUUUCUUUGCUUUUAUAAUACUUUCAGGCCGGAGGAUAUAUCCUCGUUCAUUUGUUUGUUUUGGGUUUUUUUUUUUGGCGAGGGAGGGGUUGUUUUAUUUAUUAUAAUUUUUUUUCCAGUAUGAGGUUAUGCUACCUUUUUUUGACCAAUCUUAAUCAGAGGACUUGGCAUUGAUGUAAACACUGUAACUUUUCUCAUCCAAUUUUUUUUUCUGUUCUUUUUUCACAUGAAAAUCCAUGAAAUGCCAGUGUGUCUUACGCACAGAAGUGCAUUUUCUCUCAGUAAAAGACAAAUGCCUCCAUAUUUAAACAUCAGGUGAUAAUUCUGUAGCCAUGGGUGGAUCACAUAUGUGUUUCUGAUCCAUCUUUUUAACAUUUGUGUUGUUCACAAUGUCAGAUUCUGUCAUGGACACAGGAAGUAGGAGAAAAUGAGCACAGCCUCAAAUUAAUGGUGUUCCUUUUGGUGUUUACAGCACACCAGUACCCUUUUGUGUGCACAAAAUAAAGGUAUACCAUGGAUUUUAGACUGUGCUUGACCAUUAUUACACCUCUCCAACUGGUUUUGCAGAGUUAUUUAAUGCAAUAUUCUUGCAGGAGAGCACUGUCCACUAGCCUAUCACUGUCCUGUCAAUGACAGUUCUGCUCUAAAAUGGCAGCCAUCUCUGUGCUGUAAAUUAUUUUGAUAUACUUCAUAUUUAAUAGUUUAAAUCUAGAAUUCUAAAUGAUUGUCUAGUUUUUUUUUAAUGUUUUUCUUUUUUAAAUGUAUAAAUAGAUUAAGUUUCUUAAGUGAAAGAAACUUGGACCUUAAAUUGCUAAUUCUUAUUUAUUUUUGGCUCAUUGUACAUAUUUUUUUUUUCCCCCUUCUCUGAAAUGUUUAAACUUAAAGGAUUUAGGGAAAAACCCUUAGUUAUUAAUAAAUCUAAGUAUAUAAUUAAAGAACAGAUCAUAAUCCUUUUAAAAUUUUCAGUAAAUGCAUUGGUUUAGACCAUUUGAUAUCCCAUCCUGUGAUCAUGCAGGCCAUGCUAAUAACCUGAUCUCUGAAAGACUGCUUUUUUUAACCAGUGAUCAAUAAUCAUGUUUGGGAAAUUGACAGAAGUCAUUGCACCAUCUGCUAUUGAAUAGUUUCAGGGAUGUUCUCAACAUGCCCUUGGCACUAGACUGGAUGCAAAUACUAUUAAUAUAGAUUUGUGCUAUUCCACAGUUACAUGAGAAUAACUAUUUUGGUGCUACAGAUAGGAUAAUUUGGAGUGCUUUUUAUUCCAGACUUAAUAUACUAUUCACUGGGAAUGCACUCUUAAAAGGGAAUAUCUAUGAAAUAUAUUUUUGCUUUUUUAUUAAAGCAUGGUGGAUUGCACCUUUUUUAAAUAGUGGAAUUAAAUUUAUUAAUAUAAUGUUUGCAAUAUGUCAAUGCAAGGUCCCCAUUGAGAGGCAGCAUUUACAGUCACUCUAUGGUUCAGCAAAACACCCUUAAAAUAAUUAAAAAGGUUCAACACAACUUUUUUUAUACAUUUCAUUUCCCCUCUCAGAAUAUAUAGUGGUAUAACAUAUAUAUUUUUUUCUGCUGUAAGAUAUUGAUCUAAUCACUGUAAUGCAACUGAUGGAUUUCAUAAUCUUGAUAUGUAAACAAACCUCUGUUUAGGACAGGUUCCAAGCCAUGCAGAAGAAAUGUAUAUGUAAGCAGGAAUGUUGUGUGUUGCUGUCAAUUCUGACAGAGUUGACUAAUCCAGGUGUUCAGAUAUGUUGUAUAUGGAGUGCAUGGUGUAUGAAUAAAGUAGUUGUACAAAUGUUUUAAUCUA